AUGCCUUUUACUGGUACUGUACAUCGAAGUACUCCAAUAUUUCAUUUUCAUCCACCGUUGUCACUACACCGCACAGUUGCUCGGUUUCCCAUCCGACAACGGCCAAGAGUUGCGCCAACAGUUUUACCGAUCCUUCAACCACCUGCAUUCUGUAAGAAGUCCGAUUUUAUCUAUGAAGAUGGAGAGGACCAACAGCAACAUGCGGAAACACACGAUCAGCUAGCGAUUAUGCACACAAAUCAUACGAAAAAGCAAUCGCAACAAAUAGCAAUUCGCAUUCCCGCUUUCAUUCCCCAGCAAAAUUACCCUAAACAACCGUUAUUAUGUUUAACUGCUCGAGCCGCCCGUCGAAUGGAAGCAAGAUAUCCGCCGCACUUUUUUUGUAUUCGAUAA